AUGUCCAAACUACCCCAUCUCCCUGAGAAAUAUAACAUCGUUUGGCUUGAUGCACAUAUUGGGCAACUUGAUUUUUGUGUCCAGCUCAAACGCGCCUUCUUCACACAUGUUGAUCCAGAAAGCGGGCAAGAGGUUUCUCCGACUAAUCAAGAUAUUGACCAAUUUAUACUCAAUCAAUCUGACUUCUCCGCAACCUUUGACAGUUUUCAUUUUUCACUCAGAACUUUUACGAACGUAGAAGCCUGUCUGAACUACAUUGACGAAAUACAGAAUCAUCGCAUUAUAUUCAUCACAUCAAGCAUACUUGGUGAACCAGCUGUUGAACAAUUGAUCAAACGCUAUGCUCACUCAUUCACUAAUGCUAGAACUAAUGAGCCAUACAAUUCAAUUUAUAUUUUUUGUGCCGAUAUCUCACGAGCAGUCCAAUGGGCCCGUUCACAUCGCAACUACAUACAAAUCUUUGAUAUCGAGACAGAUCUUUUAGCACGUUUAACAAGAGAUCUGGCCGACGAGUUUUUUGAGCAUGCAGAAGAACGACUUGAAGCAAAUGACGAUAAAGCUGCCAUCGAACGUCUAUCCUGGUCUAAAAGUCUUUUCAUCCGUUAUGAUAAGUUAAUAUGUCUAAGUGAACCAGAAAAUCAAAAGCUAAAACCAAGCAAAAUACUCAAAGAAAUCGAUGAAAUGUUGGAUAUCGCCGAGAAACGAGUGAGGCAACAACAAGAAAACACUUCUGAUGAAGUAAGUAAAGUUAUGAAAAUGGUUUCAAAGGAUGCAUUGGUAUUAGGCUCGGCAUAUCCACCUCAGUUAUUCGAAGAUGAACCAACUCUAAUAAUUUUCGAUCAUGAUGGAUAUCUUGUUGAUCCUCCUAUCGACUUAAAACCUUUCACUCGUAUUGCUAACAUUAUAAAUAAUCAAACCACUUUCACUGAAAGAUUGAAUUAUCCGAACCGGUCUUUUAUUAUUGCAAUAAUAUUGCCCCGAUUGAAUCCACAUCAAGUAUUACCAUUUGUCCAACAAAAUGUUCUUGGAUACCCUAGUGUUCAAUUAUUCUAUCUAUUCUUUGCUAAUAGUAAUGGAAACAAUUUAGCAGCUAAUUGUGGUCCUAAACUUAUCGAAUGUCAUUCUAUCACAAGUAGAGCAUCGGCUCAGACACGUGUCGUUUGUGCGAGAGCAAACGAUCUGAACAUUGCAUAUUGUGAAAGUCAUCGUGUUCAAUAUGAAAAUCAAGGUGAUAAUAGUGUGGCUAAUCUCUUUGCUGAACAAAAGCUUGACCGCGUAAGUCUACAACUCAAAUACAAUCAACAAUUACGAAGAGAAUUUGAACAACAACUCUUCGAAUAA